UAUUUGGAAAUAUUGUUGGCACAAGGAAAGGAUACGACCCUCUCCAUGAAAUCUACUACGCCUCUGACUGCCAACAAUAUUGUAGAAAAAUCUCUUUCGAAGUAAAUUCCAAAUUUUUUUUCCCAUUUAGUAUAAGACUUUAUCUCGUUUAAUUUUGACCUCAAAAUUUGGAAAGGAAGGACGAAGUUUGGAAAUGGAGCUUACUGGAUGGGUGAAAAAUUACGAGUGGGGCCGCAGGGGUAUUAGUUCGGCGGUAGCCCAACUGGCCAUGGCCAAUGAUCCUGAUUUUACGCUGGACGAUGAGGAGACCUACGCGGAAAUGUGGAUGGGUACCCACAUCUGCGGCGUUUCAGUGGUGAAAGAAACGGGCGAGACGCUAGACCGUGUCCUGAAAAGCGACCUCCCGUAUCUGUUCAAAGUGCUGAGUAUCAACAAAGCCCUUAGCAUUCAAGUGCAUCCGAACAAAUGCGAAGCCGAGCGAUUGCACCAGGAACGCCCGGAGAUCUACAAAGAUCCCAACCACAAACCAGAAUUGGCCAUUGCUUUAACUCCGUUCAAGGCUUUGUGCGGUUUUAUGCCGCCGGAGGAUAUUAGGGACUACGUCGACGAGUUCCAGCCCCUCAGCCAGCUAUUAGGCAAGGAGGCAGUGGAUCAGUUGCACGAGUCACCGAAUGCCGAAAGCGUAAAGGUGUGCUACGAGCAACUGAUGAAGAGUGACGCAUCGGAGAUUUCCAAGUGCAUCGCGGACAUAGCUAAGAACUAUCAGAAAGAACUCAAGUUUAAUGAGCUGCUUGACGUGUUUAACAGCGUCAACGCAGACUUCCCUGGCGACGUGGGCGUGCUAUCACUGUUUUUCCUAAAUCUGCUCCACCUACAACCCGGUGAGGCUAUUUACUUGGGUGCCAACGAGAUCCAUGCCUAUCUGGACGGCGACUGUGUAGAGUGCAUGGCAUGCUCGGACAAUGUUAUCCGUGCGGGUUUGACACCCAAGUACAAGGAUGUUGAACAGCUGCUGGAUUCUGUUAACUUUGUUGGAGUGCACCCAGACCUAAAGAAGUUCAUGCCAUUUCGUGUAGAUGAACAGGUCCAGGUGUACAUUCCACCAGUGUCGGACUUUGCUGUGAUUUCCCUUAAAAUCCAACACAGCCUGAAAACGUACAAGCUGCAAAUCCAGCCGUACGGAUCCAUUUUAAUAGUCCUGAAUGGAGUUCGUACUUUGAGGCUGAAAACUCAAGCAGGACCCAAGGAAAUCGUGGUCUCGCGUGGCAGCAUUGUGUACAUUCCUGUGGAAUCGGCACCUGAAGUAGAGUUCGCAAAAGCCGAAGACUGCGACGAGGACUUUACGGGAUACAUAGCUUCCUUCAACUACUUUCGAGUGGCCUAGCAUUGUCAGUCAAUGAUAAUAUUUUGUUUAGUGCAAUAAAUCCAGAAAUGCGAUA